AUGGAGACAACUACAACCAUAGAACCUGUACAAAACGACUGUGAGACAUCAGAAUCCAAUUUUGUCUGGAACUGGUGGCCAUCUUGGCGUCCAACCUCAAUGUCUUUAUUGAAAACCACAGAGUCAAAAAUCCUUGCUUGCAUACAGAAUGAUUUAUGGGCCAGGUUUGUAACCCUACCCUACCAAGACAGAAUAUGGACUCUGACGGUGUCAAACAAGAUGGCUCGCAAACCCCCUGAACAAGUGGCCAAAACGCCUCUUGUUAUGGUGCAUGGUUUUGGAGGAGGAGUCGGGCUCUGGAUCAGGAACUUGGAUGCACUCAGCCGAUCACGGCCUGUGUACGCCUUUGACCUCUUGGGUUUUGGCAGAAGUUCCAGGCCUCACUUCUCUUCAGACUCCACUGAGGCUGAAGAGCAAUUUGUCAACUCGAUUGAACAAUGGCGAGAGGCUGUGGGCCUUGAACACAUGAUUUUGUUGGGUCAUAGUCUUGGAGGCUAUUUGGCCACUUCAUAUGCAAUCCAGUACCCUUCAAGAGUAUCACACCUCAUCCUUGUCGACCCCUGGGGCUUUCCAGAGCAACCUCAGCCACAGACGGACCAGUCCUUGGGUAAAGAGGUGAUAAAGCGGCCCGGUCCUCCGCGUUGGGUCAAGGCUGUUGCAUCAGUACUUUCUCACUUCAACCCUCUGGCUGUCAUCAGAGCAGCGGGGCCCUGGGGUCCAGGUCUUGUAAACAGAUUUCGACUAGAUUUUAAAAGGCGGUAUGAGGAUCUGUUUGAUGAUGACACUGUCACACAGUACAUCUACCACUGUAACGCACAAAGCCCAAGUGGUGAAGUGGGUUUUCGAGCGAUGUCUGAGGGCCUGGGCUGGUCGAAGAGACCCAUGCUGCACCGUGUUCACUUAUUGCCUCCUCAAAUGCCCCUCACUAUUCUCUAUGGGGCUCAGUCAUGGGUCAGCAGCUCAUCGGGAGAAGACGUGGCCCAGAUCAGAAAUCAGAGUCACACCAAAGUAGAGCUGAUAAACGAUGCCGCCCAUCACGUCUAUGCUGAUCAGCCACAUUUAUUCAACGAGGCUGUGGAAAAUAUAUGCAACACAGUGGACUGA